UGAGUAAAUGGUUUGGGGUAAGUGGCUCUAGCCCUUUGGGAUCGUUAAUGUUAUUUGAGGUGAGUGGGCGAUUAUUUAUGAUUGACAUGGCUUCAUAGAAGAAAGUUCUCAAGGAGGCAUCAUCCAGUCUUCCUGCACUCUGUGAAAGGACCCAACUUAGAACGCUUCUAAUGGUUCUGAUCUGCCUUUCCCAAACCCCUCCCAUGUGACUGGCAUCAGGUACGUUCAAAAUCAAAUCACAUUGCUUUUGGGAUAGGUAAGCAAUUAAUCUCUCCUUGUCCAAUUCUUCCAAAGCCUUUGUCAGCUCGUUUUUUGCCCCAACAAAGUUUGUCCCUUGAUCCGAUCUGAUUUCUCUUACAGCUCCACGGAUUGCAAUAAAACAUCGCAAGGCGUUUAUGAAGGCAUCAGUGGUUAGAUCUUCUAGCAUCUCUAUAUGGAUUGCUCUUGAGGAGAAGCAGGUGAAUAUGAGACCAUAUCUUUUAUGUUAUUUCCGUCCUUGCUAACAUAGAAAUGGCCCAAAGCAAUCCAUCCCACAGUGAAAAAAAAAAAAAAGUAUGAGAAUGGUGGAGAGGAGUCAACACGGUUAGCAGGUAGAUCCGCCAUCAUCUGUGUCUCUCUUGGCCUGCGAGCUCUCCUGCAUAUAACACAUUGCUUAAUGAGGUUAGCCACAACUUUGCUGACACCAACAACCCAGUAACCAUUUCCUCUCAGUUCAUUAAGGGUCUGUCCUCUGCCUUGGUGUUGAGUCUUUUCAUGGCAGUAAUCCACGAUGAGACGGGUGACCACACCAUCUCUUGGAAGAACUGCUGGGUGCUUCGUGUCUAGAGGUAGGGAAGCUUUCUUCAAUCGCCCUCCCACCCUAAGAACACCAUCUUGCAGUACUGGGUCAAGUUGGAACAAAGGGUGACUAUUUGGCAAUUUGCCUUGUUUAAAUUUUUGUAUCUCAUCUUUGAAGGCAUCCCUUUGUGCCAAUUUUACAAGCCUGAUGCUAGCAUUUCUCAUGUCUUCGACAUUUAUGGGUUUAACUGCCUUGUGUCUUGCUAACUGCUGAAUUCGAGCAACAACUUUCAAUGCAGUGUGCCAUUUCAAAAACCUAUUGAACCGCUCCAAAAAAAUUCAUCAUUUGCUACCUUUGUUUGUAGCACUUGCGUUGCCCUGAUUUCAGGAUCACCAAUCAGAAGCUCUGGAGUGGUCUCUGAUGUGAUAAUUUCUCUUUCCCAGAGAAACUUAGGUCCAGUGAGCCAAUUCGAAUUUAUCAACUCUGACACCUUGAGGCCCCUGGAAGCGUGAUCUGCAGGAUUUUGUUCAGAGUCUAUAUAAUGCCACUGUUCAGGGUCAGUCGUUUCUCUAAUUCUUUGGACUCGAUUCGCUACGAAAACGUGAAACCUACGGGCUUCAUUGUUAAUGUAGCCUAAGACUACUUUUGAAUCGGUCCAAAAAUAUUAUUGAUCAAUUUUGAGCUCCAGCUCCUCCUUUAACAUUCUACUGACUGCUGAAGAGAUCACCGCAGCAGUUAACUCAAGCCUGGGUAUGGUUACGACUUUUGUGGGUGCAACCCUUGCCUUGCCAAUAACAAAGGAGCAGUGCACUUUGUCUUCACUCAACACUCGAAUAUAUGAGCAUUGACCAUAGCCAUAGCUACUCGCAUCUGAAAAGUGAUGGAGUUCGAUCCUCUGGACAGUCCCUAGAUAGUCAGGAACAAAACAUCUUGCAAUCUGGAGAUUGUGCAGAUCCUUCAAUUCAUUUAGCCAGCUAGUCCAUUGUGGCAUUAACUCUUUGGGGAGUGGAUCAUCCCAUUCAAUGCCCCUUUGGCACAUCUCCUGUAGUACUUUCUUUCCUAAUAGGAGAAAGGGAGCCAGGAAGCCUAAUGGAUCAAAAACAGAUGCUAUUGUUGAGAGGAAUCCUCGCCGCAUUGCUGGUUUCUCAUCCAGGGCUACUUUAAAGGAAAAGGUGUCACUAUUUACACUCCAUUUAACUCCCAACACCGUCUGGACUGGAAGUUCAUCAGAGCCAAGCUCCACAUCUUGAACACCGCUGGCUUGCUCACUGACAGGUAUAGACUCCAUGACCUUUUUGUCAUUUGAGAUGAACUUGUGAAGAUGCAAUUUCCCUUUUGCACACACAUUUCGGGCUUCUUGUACUAGUUUGAUAGCUGCGUCCACAUUUUCCACACUAAUGAGCCCAUCAUCAACGUAGAAAUUACUUUUGAUGAAACUGGCUGCUGCAGGAUGCUCUCUUUCGUUUUGACAUGCAAGAUACUUCAUUCCAUAAUUUGCGCAGCCAGGAGAGGAUGCUGCUCCAAAAAGAUGGACUUUCAUGCGAUACUCCUUUGGCUCGGUGUUUGUAUCACCAUUUUCCCACCACAGGAACCGUAAGUAAUCUCUGUCUUCCUGGCUUACAUGGAACCUGUGGAACAUUCUUUCUACAUCACAGAUAAUUGUUAUUGGAUAUUUGCGAAACCCGCAAAGUACCCCUGUUAGCCGUUAGUGAGAUCAGGCCCAGUUAACAAGUGAUAAUUUAAUGUGGUGCCAUCAUAUUUGGCAGAGCAAUCGAACACAACUCUUAUCUUCUCUGGCUUUCUAGGGUGAUAUACUCCCUGGUGAGGAAUGUACCAGACAUUUCCUUCUUUAGGUUGGAGUUCAGCUCUCUCCGCAUCACCAUCCUUGAAGACACCUUCCAUAAACUUUACAUAAUCAUCCUUGAAUUUUGGGUCUUUCUCAAAUUUUCCUUUCAGGCGCUUCAAUCGCACCAGAGCUAGCUGCUUAUUUUCAGGUAACUGUGGGCGUGUCUUAAAGGGGAGGGGCAUCUCAAGGUGUCCCUCUGAGUUCUUGUGAAUUUUCUCAUUCAUAAGUUGCAUAAACUGUAUAUCAUCUUGUGAUAUGCUCCUUUCCCUUGGAUUUGUAUCUCCAAAGUCUGAUUCAAGGGCUCUGAUGAUUGAGGUAGGUGUCAGAUUUGGGAGUUCCUUAACAGAUACACGAUGGCACAGGCCUGUAACUUCAGUUGACUUUGCAAUCUUAGGUGAAGAGCCUACUAUGCUCCAACCCAAGUCUGUCCUGAUGGCAUAUGGUUCGUCAUCACCUCCUGUGGUGACUUGCCGAGGUGCCAAAGCUCUUGAGCAAUCGUAACCUAUCAGAAGUCCAACUUCACAAUCCAGCAGCAUUGGAAUUUCCUGAGCAAUUUCAUUCAGAUGAUUCCAUCUUCUAGCAGUUUCAGGAGUAGGAAUGUGGGAGCGUUCAAGUGGAAUGAAGUCUCUAGUAUAGGCAGGUGGCAAACUGAUUAAGCCAUAAGAAGUAAAGCCCCUAACUCUGAGCCCACUAACUCUUUCACUCUGAACAAUGGAAUCCUUUCCCAUCAUUGUUGUAAGCUUUAACUUGACUGGCUCUGAAACUGCCCCCAUCCUCUCACAUACCUCUUGAUCCACGAAAGUGUUGCUGCUCUGUGUAUCCAGAAGGGCAUAAACUAAGAUCUCCCUUUCAGGUGUGUAAGUUGAAGAAAUCCAUACAGGCACUAUCAUUGAUGUACUUCCACCAUCGCCACUGUCUACACAACAGGAAAGUGACGAUGUGUUUUGUUCUGCUUGCAUAGCAUGAGAAAAUGUGACUGCUGUAGAAUAAGGGCGGUCUUCAUGAAGUGGUGUUGGAUGAUGUUUCUUGCAUACACUACAAGUAGCUUUACUCUUGCAAUCCUUGGAGUUGUGUCCUUUCCUAAGACAGCCAAAGCACAGGUUAUUGUCUAAUAUGAACUUCCUUUUGUCCUCCACAGACUUACUGGCAAACGUUUGGCAUUUGUGGAUGGAGUGGCUUUCCCCACAAUACCUGCAAGUGAUUGAGUUUGAAACUGAAGGCACAGUGAUGACUUUGUCGGAUCGGUUUGAAUCCACUGAAUUGCUUACUCCAACACUAGUUGAUUGAAGACAAUGAGUGGAAAGAAGAAUAAUUCUGAUGAGAAAAAUCAUGCCGGAAGUGGAGAAAUGCAGCACACAUGUGAUCAGUGUGAUAAAACAUUUUUGUGUGCUUCAGUCCUGAAGAAACACCUGAGAGUUCAUACAAAAGAGAAACCACAUUCAUGUCAUUUGUGUGGAAAGAGUUUUUCAUUAAUACAAAGUUUAAAAGAACAUCAGAAAACACAUACUGAUGUGAGAGAGUACAUGUGCUUUAAGUGUGGGAAGACUUUUACUACAGCGGGCAGUUUAAAAACGCACCAGAGGAUUCACACUGGAGAGAAACCUUACAAGUGUUCACACUGUGACAAGAGAUUCAGUCGGUCAGGAAACUUUAAAACACAUGAGAGGAUUCACACUGGAGAGAAACCAUACGCAUGUGAUCAAUGCGGGAAGAGAUUUUUUAGAGAUUCAAUCCUGAAGCAGCACCUGAGAGUUCAUACAAAGGAGAAGCCAUAUUCAUGUCUUUUGUGUGGAAAUAGGUUUUCACAUCAACAAAGUUUGAAAGAACAUGAGAAAUUACAUAAUGUUGUGAGAGAGUACAUGUGCUUUGAGUGUGAGAAGACUUUUACUACAGCGACCAGUUUAAAACAGCAUGAGAUGAUCCACACUGGAGAGAAACCGCACACAUGUGAUCAGUGCGGGAAGAGUUUCACACUAAAAGGAAGUCUUACAUCACACAUAAGAGUUCAUACGGGAGAGAAACCAUUCACUUGUGAUCAGUGCGGGAAGAGUUUCUCACGAUCAGCAAGUCUAAAGGUACACAUGAACAUCCACACUAGAGAGAAGCUGUACACAUGUGAUCAAUGCGGGAAAACAUUUCUGUGGGCUUCAGACCUGAACCAGCACCUCAGAGUUCAUACAAAAGAGAAAACACAUUCAUGUCAUUUGUGUGGAAAGAGUUUUUCAUUAAUACGAAUUUUGAAAGAACAUCAGAAAAUACAUACUGGUGUGAGAGAGUACAUGUGCUUUGAGUGUGAGAAGACUUUUACUACAGCGAGCCAUUUAAAACUGCAUGAAAGGAUUCACACUGGAGAGAAACCUUACAAGUGUUCACACUGUGACCAGAGAUUCAGAGAUUUAGGAAACCUGAAAAAACAUGAGAGGAUUCACACUGGAGAGAAACCUUACAAGUGUUCACAAUGUGACAAGAGAUUCAGUCAGACAGGACACCUGAAAAUACAUGAGAGGAUUCACACUGGAGAGAAACCUUACAAGUGUUCACAAUGUGACAAGAGAUUCAGUCAGUCAGGAAACCUGAAAACACACGAGAGGAUCCACACUGGAAAGAAACCGUACACAUGUGAUCAGUGCGGGAAGAGUUAUGCAAUGAAAGGGAGCUUUACGGGCCACAUGAGAGUUCAUACUGGAGAGAAACCAUUCACUUGUGAUCAGUGCGGACAGAGUUUCAGAAAAUCAUCACUCCUUUAUAGACACAUGAACAUUCACACUGGAGAGAAACCUUACAAGUGUUCACACUGUGACAAGAGAUUCAGUCAGUCAGGACACCUGAAACAACAUGAGAGGAUGCACACUGGAGAGAAACCUUACAAGUGUUCACACUGUGACAAGAGAUUCAGUCAGUCAGGAUAUCUGAAAACACAUGAGAGGAUUCACACUGGAGAGAAACCUUACAAGUGUUCACACUGUGACAAGAGAUUCAGAGAUUCAGGACACCUGAAAAUACAUGAGAGGAUCCACACUGGAGUGAAACCAUAUCUCUGCACUGAAUGUGGGAAGGGUUUCAAUGAUCCAUCUUCUCUACAAAGUCAUAGAAAAAAGAAACACAGUAAAUCAUCUUCAGAUUCAGCACUUUCAGAUCUGAUGAUGCGUCCUCACCAAAUGUGACACAGUAAUGGAUCAAGCAGUGACGAAUAAUCUGGAUAAAUCUAACAUUACAAGUGACAUGACAAAGAAACAAACAGUAUGUAAAGUUUUCACAGUGAAUAAAGUUAAUCUUCAAAACCAGCAGAUUCAACUGAGAUUCUGAUCAAUCAGAGUUCGUCCCCAAAGAUCCCUGUCACAAAGUUUUAUUCUUGUGUAUCAUUUAGCUUCAUAAUAUAAGUGAUAUCAUUGUGCUUUCUUUUGAGUUUCAUAUGAUGUUAAAUUUUUUCAUAUUAUGCUCAAUAUGUUUAAUAAGCAGGAUUGUAAGAAUAAUAACACCAAUGCAACUGAUAACCAUCUAUAAUUUUACGCAAAGUAGAGAGAUCAAGCUCAUUAGUUUUCACUUUUACUUAUCUAAUUUUUGUAUUUGCUGUUUAAAUGCUAUUCAAAUGUAAUUAUAUGUAACUUUUUAUAUUUUUAUAUCAACUUUUAUUGUCUGCAGAUUGUAUUUGAAUCAGGAAAAAAGUAAUUUUAUAAUUUUAGUUUUAUUAUUUUUGAGCGUGGCAUGGUUGUUGGUGCCAGACGGGCCGGUCUUAGUAUCUCACAAUCUGCUCAGUUACUGGGAUUUUCACGCACAACCAUUUCUAGGGUUUACAAAGAAUGGUGUGAAAAGGGAAAACAUCCAGUAUGCGGCAGUCCUGUGGGCGAAAAUGCUUUGUUGAUGCUAGAGGUCAGAGGAGAAUGGGUCGACUGAUUCAAGAUGAUUGAAGAGCAACUUUGACUGAAACAACCGAGGUAUGCAGCAAAGCAUUUGUGAAGCCACAACUUGCACAACCUUGAGGUGGAUGGGGUACAACAGCAAAAGACCCCACCGGGUAACACUCAUCUCCACUACAUAUAGGAAAAAGAGGCUACAGUUUGAACAAGCUCACCAAAAUUGGACAGUUGAAGACUGGAAAAAUGUUGCCUGGUCUGAUGAGUCUCUGAUGAUUUCUGUUGAGACAUUCAGAUGGUAGAGUCAGAAUUUGGUGUAAACAGAAUGAGAACAUGGAUCCAUCAUGCCUUGUUACCACUGUGCAGGCUGGUGCUGGUGGUGUAAUGGUGUGGGGGAUGUUUUCUUGGAACACUUUAGGCCCCUUAGUGCCACUUGGGCAUCGUUUCAAUGCCACGCCCUACCUGAGCAUUGUUUCUGACCAUGUCCAUCCCUUUAUGACCACCAUGUACCAUCCUCUGAUGGCUACUUCCAGCAGGAUAAUGCACCAUGUCACAAAGCUCAAAUAAUUUCAAAUUGGUUUCUUGAACAUGACAAUGAGUUCACUGUACUAAAAUAGCCCCCACAGUCACCAGAUCUCAACCCAAUAGAGCAUCUUUGGGAUGUGGUGGAGUGGGAGCUUGGUGCCCUGGAUGUGCCUCCCACAAAUCUCCAUCAACUGCAAGUUGCUAUCCUAUCAAUAUGGGCCAACCUUUCUAAAGAAUGCUUUCAGCACCUUGUUGAAUCAAUGCCACGUAGAAUUAAGGCAGUUCUGAAGGUGAAAGGGGGUCAAACAAAGUAUUAGUAUGGUGUUCCUAAUAAUCCUUUAGGGGAGUGUAUGUAAUCUAUAUAUUAUUUGCUGAAAGGGCUGUACCACCCUUAUUGUAUCCUUAUAUAUAUCCAGUGUAAGACAAUAAAGAUUUGAAGAAAAGGUAUACUCCGA